AUUUCUUGCAAGUAGGCUUAAUUUUUUGAGUAAUUUAUGAAUCUAAUAUUUUUUUCUUCUGUGUCAUAUCAUAUUUUAGUUCUCUUGUGUUUGAAAUAGUUUGAUGUGUGUUUUUUUCAUAUUUUACUUAAUUAUUUGUUAGUAUUCAAAUGUAUUGAUAUAUUUGGUUGUUUCUUUUGGAUUUUAUAUAUCAGAAUGAUUUUAUUGCUUUGAUUUUUUAUUUAUAUGGUUCAAUUGUUGAAAAUAGUGUAGUUUUGACUACUUUUGGCUGUUGGUUUUUAAUUUUUGAGUAUUAUGAUAGAUGCUCAGGAGGAAGUUUAGAGACGAUAUAUUUGUUUAUAAAUAGCCAAAAUGAGAGGAGGAGUUUGUGAAAGUAGCUUGCCUUGAUAUUAUUCUUGAGCUUGGCUAAUGCUCAGCUGUGCCUGGCUAUCUCAUACUUUCUCGAGUGCACUCAGGCCUAGGUGCAUCCUAGUGGCCCAAUUUAAUCAUUUCUAUCGGCAAUAUAAGCUUCUCAUUCCUUCUAUCAGGUAAAUUUUUAUAUGCAUUUAUUUCCUUCUUUUAAGUUUUUUGCUAUAUUCGAAACGGUUGUCCUCUUGUUCGGGGGGGAAAAAAAAAUUCCGGAAAAUGGAAAAAUAGGCUGAAUAAAAAUUUCAAUUUCAAAAUGGCGUUUCCAAGGUAACGAAGAGCGGUUAAGUUGCGGCGGCGCGUUCUGCCCAGUCGCCAGACAGCCAAGCAGCGACUGUAUCCUCAACCCAAGCCACGCUACUUCGUACUUCAGGACUUGAUUAAGUACUACGAAGUAAAUUCAUUUUUUUUUAAAUAAUUUUUUUUUUCAAAUUCUGAUUGUUCUUCCACGCAUAAUCGAGAAUCCUUACAUCAUUGCUAGACCAUCCCAGCGAAACCUCAUACCCACAGGUGCGCAAUUGAUACCUACAUGAUAAAAUGUACAUAAAAAUUCUGAAAGAUGCAUCAAUAAAUGAAGGGAUUUAGAGACAAGAGAAGUAGAGUUUAGACUUAGCUAGCUAGAGCUCUAAGGAGUGAAAAGGACUUCUUGCACAUUUCCUUACCUCCUGAGGAUGAAGAGUUGGAUGUAUAUGAACUUGUAUAGAUAUUAUUUGUCAUGCGCGUCUGAACAUCUGGAAUCGUGGAGAAUGAAAUAUCCCGACAAGAUGAGACAGGAGGAGGUGAUUGAGGAAGAAGAAUGGGAUCCGGCAACAACGAGGGAAGAAGAGUUCGAGAAGCAUGCUGUCUACUUGGUCUUGGAUCAAGCACCUCCCCCAGGGGCACCUAAUCGUGCCGAAGCAUCACUGCCUCGGAACUUGGUCCUUAGGCCUAGCCAAGCCUUAUCGGAUGUAAUGGGAGUUUGGAGUACGAGUUACAUACCAAGAGGUACAAGGUUCGGACCCUUAGUUGGAGAAGUAUAUGCUAAAAAUGAAGUUCCGUCCACUGCUAAUCGCAAAUACUUCUGGAGGGUUUACAAGGAAAACCAACUUUUCUAUUACAUUGAUGGUUACGAUAUUUGUAAGUCGAAUUGGAUGCGUUAUGUCAACCCAGCCUAUUCUUCUGAAUCUCAGAAUCUAAUUGCUUGCCAGUAUAAGAUGUCUAUUUACUUUUAUACAAUCAGGCCUAUCUUGCCUAAUCAAGAACUUCUUGUUUGGUACUGCCGAGAAUUCGCGGAGAGGUUAAAUUAUCCUCUUACGGGAGAAUUAAUGCUACAGAGAAUACGCCAGCAAGUCCAGCAGAGUGGAGCUCCUGUAAAACCCGAGACAACAAGUGUACCUGAAGUGGUGAGCUCGACUGAAAAACCAGCUUACAGCGAUAUAAUGAAUAAUAAUUAUCAGAGAGGCAGGUCUUCAUCUCCAGAACUUUCUGAAGUCAAAGAAGAAGGAGGAGAAAAAGAAGCAGCAGGGUCUGUUAGAUCUGAUGAAGGUUAUCACAGUCAUGGCUAUCAUGAUGAGGUGUUAACACCUCCUGGCCAUUCGUCAGACAGCGAUGAUCCUGAUAACAAUUAUGUUCUUGAUUUCAGCAGUAAGAAAUCUGUUGAAGAAGGAAUGGAGAUUACAACGGUGGAAGAAGUGAGUACUGUUGUAGCCGGACCAGUACCUGCGACGCAGACCUCCGUUGUUGUAGGACCUGGUGUCGCACUCCCCGUCAGUGGAGGCGGGGAAGAAUACAGAGACAGGAAUGAGUACAGGAAAGUAAAGAUUAAAAUGUCGAAAGCAUACCCAGUGACCCCAGUCAUGAGAGAAGAUGUCAAAGAUGAGAACAAAGAACCAGCACCGCAACCGUCCAUUUUAGAAAAUAUACUAUUAAGGAAUAAAGAAGAGAAGGAUUCACCUCCGAGCAGUCCAACUGAGAUGGCUUAUAGCUACAAAAAAUCAGCGAGAUAUGGAAACGUACCUGUGAGCCCUGAUUCUACAGGCGUCGCCCAUUAUUCACCUCCACCGAAUUACCCUGAAUAUCCAUACUACAACUACCAACCGCAGAACUACUCUCCACCAAGCAGUUCGGCGUGGUUCGGCCAGAAUGGAAACGACGAAUUCCCGCUUUCACCGACAGGAUCUCGGGGGUACAGGUCGCUCCCUUAUCCUCUGAAGAAAAAGGAUGGAAAAAUGCACUAUGAAUGUAACGUCUGCUACAAAACUUUUGGUCAACUCUCGAAUUUGAAAGUGCACUUACGUACUCACAGCGGCGAGCGCCCUUUCAAAUGUAAUGUUUGUACAAAGAGUUUCACCCAGUUGGCUCAUUUGCAGAAACAUCACCUUGUUCAUACUGGUGAAAAACCACACCAGUGUGAAAUAUGCAAGAAAAGGUUUAGUUCAACUUCAAAUCUUAAAACCCACCUUCGAUUACAUUCGGGUCAAAAACCUUAUGCGUGUGACCUAUGUACUGCAAAAUUCACUCAGUUCGUCCAUCUUAAGCUGCACAAAAGGCUUCACACCAACGAGAGGCCAUACACCUGCCAAGGAUGUUCAAAGAAGUACAUUUCUGCUUCUGGAUUAAGGACUCAUUGGAAGACGACAAGCUGCAGGCCAAACAACAUGGAAGAGGAGAUAGCGCUCGCAGCAGCAGCUGCUGUGACUUAUCCAUCCCCAUAUUACUACGAGUACCAGGGAAUGGAAGUUGGUGCAGGUGAGAAAGAAAACCAUGAGGCUGAUUCCAGAGAAAGUUUUGACAUUGAGCGACCUCAACAGGAACAGCCUACCCGACCAACCGUCAUUGAAUCAUCACAACCUCAUAUAAUCGAGUGCACUUAGUCUGUUGUUGGUUAAUCAGCGAUAAAGCCUUUUCUGUGAUAAGACUGUAAAUUUAUUUGAUAAAGUUAGCUAGUUUAAGUUAAGGCCCAUCAAGCCAGCCUCUUCGCUCAAUUUGAAAACAAAAGAAAAAGGCAUGGCUUUCCUUUUUAUGUUUGUCCUCCAUUAUUGUGCGUUUGCGAUGAAAUGUGUGUGAUGUAAACUGUAUGUGUUGCUUUACGUUAUGUACCUGUACCAUUCAUUUCUUUUUUUUUCUUUUUUUUUUUAUUAUUUUUUUUUUAUUUUGGCUGGAGUCGCAUAAUUUUUUGCUUAGAAUGCCUGAAAGGCGUUGUAAAUAAACUGCUAGAAAGCAUUUUUCUGCUUGAAUAUAGCAUCUGUUGAUGGAAAUGCAGAUCAGGCAUAACAGAUUUAUAAAGAAGACAAGAAGUGGAAACGAAAUGGCAUGUGUUUUUGAAGUUGAAAAAAAUUUUCUUUAUUAAAUUGUUUCCUAAUAAUGUAUAUUGUUACAAAAUUAAGCUUUUCUUUAAAAUUAAAUUCUAAUUGCCCCCAUUUAUACACAAGCCUUCUCUACUUCUUGUCAAUAUGUCCAUCUGCCAAUUUUUUUUUGGCACAUAUAAAUAAAUUAUUAUAGUAAUAAGAAUCUGUGUUCAAAUUAAAAUGUAAUACAAAUGCAUUUCUAAGUGUAAAGAUACUUUAAAGGACUUAAAGAUAAUAUUCUUAAAAAUUUAUCCUUAAACCUCUUAAAAUUUUGCAUCUGCUUGUGUAAAUAAUUUAAUACUCGAGUGUUUAUUAACAACGUCUUUUUGAUAAGUCUCAUACCAAAAAAUAAAAAAAAUAAAAAAUAAUAUAUAUAUAUUGACUCAGAAAUAUGGAUCUCUAGAGAGUAUGACUUCAUGUAAUGCAGCCUCUUUGCCAGUUAUUUACAUUUUUGAAUUUAAUAUGUUAAAAAAAACUUUAAAGUAUUUACAUAUUUAAUAUAUAUGUAUAUAACAAUAUGUAAGUGCAGCUCUGUGUCGAAAAAAUUAACUUUUGUAUAUUGAUGUUGAUUGUGUAUCAAUGUUGGGUGUUGUCCAAUUAGCCAUGGCUAGCUACCACCGUCGCUGGCGAUCUCAAAAUGGAAUAUUGAAAAAAGCCUACUUUAUCUCCUUGCUUUUUUCAUUGUUCUGUAUAGAUAUAUCUAAAUCUGAGACAAAAUAUCAGUAUUAGCGUAAUCGCAGACUCAUGAAAUCUUGUACCAGUGUUCAAUUUAAGAUACCAAGUAUUUUGAGUUGAUGUUAUUUUAAUAAAUAUAUGUAUUGAUUAUAUUGUAAUAUAGUUUAUAGUCUCUUGACUUAAGAACAAGUUUCUGAAACGACUGGCUCACAACAAUGCCUGAGAGAAACUUAGACUGCGAUUUAAUAUUAUUUUAUAAAAAUAUAAAAAGUUUAAAAAAAAAGUAAUAAAUGAGAUUAUAAUUUAAUCUCUUUAAGUGCAAAUCCCAGGAUGUUUGACUGGUUAUUAGUUCUGUCAUGUUAAUAUAUAUAUUUAUAUAAGAAAAACUUAGUCCUCUCAUCCUGUUGUAUAUUUGUUGUUAAUUAGAAACUAUUUAUUUCAUUUGUACUCCUUCUAAAUGGGUGACUGAGUUUCUUUUUAAAGUUCAAAAACAAAAAAAAUAUCCAUCUACUUCAACCCAUUAUUUAAUGUAAUAUUUAUUACUUUUCUUUAAUAGAAAUAUUUUGCAUUCAAUGUAUAAAUUUUGUGAAUAUUUGUGGCAUCCUUAACGGGUCGAUUUGUAUAAAGUAUUUAUUAGAUAAAUAUUGUAUUUUUGUUAUGUACAUAUGUCCUGGGUGGUAUAAAUAGAAUUUAUUUAUCUUAAUAGUAUGUAUUGUAUUUAAUGGUUGUUUCUAUUUAAUUUUUUUUUUUUUUUUUGUUCACUUUCGACGACUGAGCCAUUCUGUAUAAUUAUAUUUCUUAAUUAUAAUUAUAAUGUUUGGAA